AUGGUGUUAUUAAGAAUAUUAUUUCUCUGCUUUUUGACCAUUUUAAAUUCCUCCCAGCCCUGCCAGAUUCCUGAUGACUUUGUGGCUGCCAGUUCUCCAGGACAUAUCGUGAUUGGAGGUUUAUUUGCAGUUCAUAAUAAAAUGAUUCAUUCAGAAAAAUAUCGCAGAAGACCAGAAAUUCAAACUUGUGAGGGCUUUGAAAUUUCAAUGUUUCUUCAAACUCUUGCCAUGAUACACAGCAUUGAAAUGAUCAACAAUUCCUCACUGCUACCUGGAGUUAAACUAGGGUAUGAGAUCUAUGACACGUGCACUGAAGUAACAGUAGCAAUUGCAGCCACGCUGAGGUUCCUCUCUAAAUUCAACUGCUCCCAAAACAUCGUGGAAUUUCAGUGUAACUAUUCCAACUACACACCAAGAGUUAAAGCUGUCAUAGGAGCCAGCUACUCAGAAAUAACCAUGGCUGUUUCCAGGAUGUUGAAUUUGCAACUUAUUCCGCAGGUAAGCUAUGCUUCCACAGCAGAAAUCCUAAGUGAUAAGGUGCGCUUUCCUUCUUCUUUUCGAACUGUGCCCAGUGACUUCUAUCAAACCAAGGCCAUGGCACAUUUGAUCCAGAAAUCUGGGUGGAACUGGAUCGGCAUCAUCACCACUGAUGAUGACUAUGGACGCUUAGCACUUGGCACAUUUGGAACACAAGCCUCAGCAAACAACCUGUGCAUUGCAUUCAGAGAGAUCCUCCCAGCUUUCCUCUCUGAUAGUACCAUUGAGGUCAGGAUCAAUCAGACACUUGAAAAAAUCAUGGAGGAAAGGCAUGUCAAUGUCAUCGUGGUCUUCCUAAGGCAGUUCCAUGUAUUCAACCUUUUUAAUAAGGCCAUUGAGAGGAAUAUAAAUAAGGUCUGGAUUGCCAGUGAUACCUGGUCAGCAGCUGUCAAGAUCAGCGCCAUUCCAAAUGUCAAACGCGUUGGCAAAGUAGUAGGGUUUGCAUUUAAAGGUGGAAACAUGUCUUCUUUUUAUGACUUCAUCCAAAAUCUACACUUAAUGCCUAAUGAAAACAACAAACUUUUAAGUGAAUAUAUCAUGCUCUUGUCAUCCUGUUCACAUGUCAAGGACAAUGAUUUGAAUUAUUGUAUUGCCAACUAUUCUCGGGAGAACUGGAACUACAAGAUGGUAGAAAGCAACUUCUCCCUGAGAAACAGUUUCCUAUUGGAUAAUGCUGAGCCAGGCCAUGUCCAUAGUGUUCAGCUUGCUGUAUCUGCUCUUGCUUAUGCUAUUCAGGAUCAAUGUAGAGACCGAAAUUGCCAGAAUCCAGCUGCAUUUCAACCUUGGGAGCAAAUUCAAUCUAAAUGCUCUAAGGAAUGUAGUCCUGGUCAAAUGAAGAAAACCACCCAAAGCCGGCAUACAUGCUGCUAUGAAUGUGUGAGCUGCCCUGAAAAUCAUUACAGCAAUCAGACAGAUAUGGAUCACUGCCUUUUAUGCAACAAUAAGACCCACUGGGCCCCAGUGAAUAGUACCAUGUGCUUUGAGAAGCAAGUUGAAUUCCUCAGUUGGAAUGACUGGUUCGCCAUUCUGCUCCUAACCCUCUCAGCACUAGGGAUUGUCUGCACUUUUGCAGUUGGAAUAAUAUUUACUAGAAACCUAAAUACCCCUGUGGUCAAAUCAUCCGGGGGCUUGAUUAUCUGCCAUGUGAUCCUCCUUUGCCACUUCUUCAGCUUUGUCAGCACUAGCUUUUUUGUGGGAGAACCACAAGACUUCAAAUGUAAAGCCAGGCAGACCCUCUUCGGUGUGAGCUUUGCCCUGUGCAUCUCCUGCAUCCUGACAAAGUCCCUAAAAAUUCUGCUAGCCUUCAGCUUUGACCCCAGAUUACAAAAAUGUCUGAAGCGUCUUUACAAGCCUGUACCCAUCAUAGUGAUUUGCACAGGGGUUCAAAUAAUCAUUUGUACAAUGUGGCUCAUAUUUGCAGAGCCUUUUGUGGAGGAGAAUUUCUCCAUACCCCGAGUUAUUAUCUUGGAGUGUGAUGAGGGCUCUAUUGUGGCUUUUGGUACCAUGCUAGGCUACAUAGCUAUUCUGGCAUUUAUUUGUUUCAUAUCUGCUUUUAAAGGUAGAAAAUUGCCGGCAAAUUAUAAUGAGGCUAAGUUCAUAACAUUUGGCAUGCUCAUUUACUUCAUUGCAUGGAUAAUAUUUAUCCCCAUUUAUGCCACAACUUUUGGCAAAUACUUACCAGCUGUGGAAAUCAUUGUCAUUUUAAUAUCUAAUUAUGGAAUUCUGUGUUGCACAUUUUUUCCUAAAUGUUAUAUCAUUCUCUAUAAGCAAGAAACCAAUACAAAAUCUGCCUUUCUUAAGACAUUGUAUAUGUACUCCUCCCAAAGUGCAAGCAGCCUUAAUGUGAGUCAUAUUUCACUGGAUUCCAGGCCCAGUGAAGUCCCUCUUCCGAACCACAACUUCUGUCUCAAGUCUUCAGUCACACUUGAGCAACGCAAGUCCAGCCAAUCACAGAUGGCUGGACACAUACAAUCUGCAAGGAAAAGAACUGCUAAAAAUACAACUGGAACACUCUCAAGAAAAAGAAUGUCGAGCAUAUGAAUGAAGAACUUCCCAGAGUAUGAAUGGAUUGCUUUCAGGAAGAAAGAACAGGACCACUUGUGGUUAGGAGACAUAAUCUCCUAAAAAUUCUUUCCUUGGGCAUUUCCAAGUCAAAAUCACUAUCAUAAAUAAACUCCUACUCUAUUUAUAACACCGAAUCAUUGUAUUGAUCCAAU